AUGUCCCUCGCCCGCCGUCUCCCGAGGCUGGCGCUCCCCGCCGCCCGCCCGCUGUCCUCCCUCCGGCGCUCCUCCACCACGGCGACCCAGCCACUCCGCAGCGCGUCCCAGUCGUUCCCCCCGGCGGCCACCUCCGUGUUCACGCCCCUCGACACCUUCCUCCCCCGCCAUCUCGGCCCCCGGGACGCAGACAUCCAGACUAUGCUCCAGACCCUGGGCCACAACACUCUCGACCAGUUUGUCGCGGCCACCAUCCCCAGCGAGGUCAGGAUCGAUGCCCUCACAAACGCAGAGAGCAGCAAAGGCAUCAGCGCUCUCAGUGAGCUCGAGCUGCGACGCAGAGCAGAGCAAGUCGCCGCCAUGAACAAGAACGUCAAGAGCUACAUCGGCAUGGGCUACCACAAUGCAAUCGUCCCGCCUGUAGUCCAGAGGAACGUCCUUGAGAACCCGGCGUGGUACACUGCGUAUACCCCCUACUCGCCCGAGCAGUCCCAGGGCCGUUUAGAGUCUCUCGUCAACUUUCAGACUGUCGCCAUCUCCCUCACUGGCCUGCCAAUCGCCAACGGUUCCUUGCUUGACGAAGCUACCGCCGCUGCCGAAGGUAUGGCCAUGUGCCUCGCCUCUGUUGCCAAGCCCAAGUUUACAAAGGGCAAAAAGGUCUUUUUGGUCUCCCCCACCGUGGCCCCGCAGACGAUUGCGGUCCUCCAGACCCGAGCUAGCGGCUUUGGCAUCGAGAUCAAGAUCGCCGAGAGCAAUGCCGCUUUCGCGUCCGAGGUCGAGAGUCUUGGCGAGGAAAAGCUCAUGGGCGCGCUCGUGCAAUACCCCGAUGUGAAUGGUGAGAUUGGUGACUGGGAGGCGAUCGCAAAGGGCGUCAAGAGCAAGGGCGCCAAGACGGUGGUUGCGACCGACUUGUUGUCGUUGACCAUGCUCAAGCCGCCUGGAGAGUGGGGCGCAGACAUUGUCUGUGGUAACUCUCAGCGAUUCGGUGUGCCUGCUGGAUACGGUGGUCCCCAUGCCGCCUUCUUUGCUUGUACCGAAGACCUCAAGCGAAAGAUGCCAGGACGAAUCGUCGGUCUGAGCAAGGACUCGGCUGGAAACCCUGCCUACCGAUUGGCUUUGCAGACUCGAGAGCAGCAUAUUCGACGAGAAAAGGCCACGUCCAACGUCUGCACUGCCCAAGCCCUCCUCGCCAACAUGACCGCCAUGUACGCCGUCUACCACGGUCCUGAAGGCCUCCGUCGCAUCGCUGGCAAGGUCCACUCUCUCACCCGGAUCCUCUCCGAGUCUCUCACCGCUCUCGGCUUCACCAUCACCAACAAGACCUUCUUUGACACCCUCACCAUCGACGUUUCUUCUGCUGGCGUGACGGCUGCCGAUGUACACGCUGCGUCUGUCAAGGCUGGUAUCAACUUCCGACCAGUGGACGACAAGACGAUCGGUAUCACACUCGACGAGUCUGUCGGUCCUCUCGACUUGACCGACAUUGUCAACGUCUUUUACGCUGUCAAGGGCGAGUCGGCCAUCGAGCCCGACGUCCUCGAGUCUCUUGCCCAAAAGCUCGAGCUCAACUCGUCCAGCGUCUCUGCCCCCAUCGCGCACUUUGCCCGAACCACCCCCUUCCUCACCCAGCCCGUCUUCAACAAGCACCACUCUGAAACCGACAUGCUGCGAUACAUGAUGUACCUUCAACAAAAGGACUAUUCCCUCGUCCACGGCAUGAUCCCCCUGGGAUCUUGUACCAUGAAGCUCAACUCGACGUCUUCCAUGGUGCCUCUCUCGUGGAAAGAGUUUGGCGGUAUUCACCCCUUUGCGCCUGUUGACCAGGCCAAGGGGUACGAGGUGAUUAUCAAGGAGCUUGAGAACGACCUCUCACUCGUGACCGGUUACGACGCUACCUCUGUCCAGCCCAACUCGGGUGCUUCAGGCGAGUACGCCGGUCUCAAGGUCAUCCAGGCCUACCACGAGUCCAAGGGUGAAGGCCACCGAGAUGUCUGUCUCAUUCCCCUUUCUGCCCAUGGUACCAACCCUGCCUCGGCCGCCAUGGUUGGCUACAAGGUUGUGCCCGUCAAGGCGUUGGAAGAUGGUUCUUUGGAUUUGGCAGACUUGAGGGAAAAGGCCGAUAAGCACAAGGACAAGCUUGCUUCCUUCAUGGUUACCUAUCCUUCCACAUUUGGUGUCUUUGAAGAGGGUAUCGAAGAGGCGUGCAAGAUUGUGCACGACAAUGGCGGACAAGUCUACGUCGACGGUGCCAACUGCAACUCGCUCGUCGGCUUGACCUCUCUCGGCCGUGUCGGCGGUGACGUCUCGCACACCAACCUGCACAAGACCUUCUCCAUCCCCCACGGUGGCGGUGGACCCGGUGUUGGACCCAUCUCUUGCAAAUCCCACCUCGCGCCCUUCCUUCCCACCCACCCGAUCGUCGCUACCGGCGGUUCCACCCCCAUCUCGGCCGUCUCGGCCGCUCCCUUUGGUUCUGCCAGUAUCAACACCAUCUCUUGGGCAUACAUCAAGAUGCUCGGUGGCGAGGGUCUGACCAACGUCUCCAAAAUUGCCUUGCUCAACGCCAACUAUAUCGCCGAGAGGCUGAGGCCAUACUACAACGUGCGAUACACCAACUCGAAUGGCAGGGUCGCGCACGAGUGCUUGAUUGAUCUGGCCGAGUUUGAAAAGAGCGCAGGGUUGAAGGUGUCGGACUUUAGCAAGAGGUUGCAGGAUUACAGUUUCCACCCGCCUACUGCGCAGUGGCCCAUCUCGACGUGUUGGUUGAUUGAGCCCACCGAGUCGGAGCCCAAGCACGAAAUCGACCGAUUCAUCGACGCACUCAUAUCUAUCCGAGCCGAGAUUGACGAAAUCACCUCGGGCGCUCAGCCCAAGGACGACAAUGUGUUCAAGAACGCUCCCCACCCCCUUUCCUUGCUCACCGCCGACAAGUGGGACAAGCCAUACUCUCGUGAAAAGGCCGUGUUCCCCGUCAAGAGUUUGAGGAGGAACAAGUUCUGGCCUAGUGUGGGCAGGUUGGAUGAUGCGGCGGGUGAUUUGAACUUGAUUUGCGAGUGUGGGAGCGUGGAGGAGUAUGCUUAG